AUGUCGUUCAAGAAUAUCUUCAACAAGCAGAAUUUCAAAUAUUUGUUCACUACUCACUUUUGGGGUCCUGUGUCCAACUUCGGUAUCCCCGUUGCCGCCGUCUUGGACUUGAAAAAAGACCCAGAUAUUAUCAGUGGCCCCAUGACUGGCUCUUUGAUUGUGUACUCCUUAGUGUUCAUGAGGUACUCCUUAGCCAUUCUGCCUAAGAAUUACUUGUUAUUUGGCUGCCAUUUUGUCAAUGAAUGUGCCCAAUUGGCCCAAGGGUAUAGAUAUGCAACCAAUUAUUAUCGCAAAAACAAGAAUGCUCAGGUUGCCAACUAG